UCUCCUAGUUGCCGCAAUGCCACGUGCAUCCACUUAUAUCAGUACAUUUGUAACAACCUAAACAUUACGAAACUUCUAUUUGAUCAAAAAAGCCUAACGUAAUUCGACACUCUCUCAUAGACCUCCAUACAACAACAAAACAUUAAUCUCACGUGGACAGAUUUUAACGAGAGUAAAACCUCUCGCAUCGCCUCUUCCUCUCUAAGGAAACGCAUAAUUCUUCCGGUGUAGCGAACAUUUAUUUUCUAUUGGUGAGUAUUUGUACGAGAAACAAACUUUUCCUCUCAUGGUUAAUAUCUUUACAAUCAGUAUUUGGUGGGUGAUAUCUAGUCGUCAAAAGUAGUACAGUAGCGUACAUGAUCUACUAUCUAGCUAAUUUUGCUAGCUAACGUUAGCUACUCAGGUGAAGAGAGUCCAUUUCUGACCCAGAAAGGUAUGCAACCUAGAGAUUCACACGGUUAUCAAAACGUCACGCCAAGAAUGCAAAUGAAGAGGAAGGUGUAGACAUUAACCAAUCGACAAGAUUAAGAUCAAACCUGGGAAAAAGCAACGCAAUAAAACCAAGAUGACUAGAAGUCAUCGAGACCCCAUCAAAACAGAUUGUGAAACACAGUCAGAUGAUGUUGACUCCAAUAGAGAAGAUUCAGACAUUAGCCAAGCCCCCUCUCUCAGCAGUAAUGGGCUUACUUUCAACAUCAUCCAAAUCAAAGAGGAGGCAACAGACUUUGAAGUGCAUGAAACAAGUGAGGAACAUAACGGAAUCAGAUCAAAUUAUCACUUAGAUUCUAGAGCACUCCACCAGGAUUCUGGAACCAUCAAAACCAAGACUGAAACAGGUUCUGUUUACAUUAGCCAAGGAACGGCAGAAUUUAAGACUGAGCAUGAUUCUGGAAUCAGAGUGGUUAAGACAGAAACUCUAGUUUAUGCCCCAUCACACAGCUGCCCCCACUGCAGCUGCAUGUUCCACACACCACAGCAGCUACUUGUCCACACCUGCCAGGUCGCGAAUUCUGACAACAUUGUGGAUUUUUUGUUGAAGACCCCGUUUCAUUCUUUGGAGUCCACAGAAAGGGUGCGAAUUAAAACCGAGGGUCGACCUCUGCCUGAAAUCAAGUACAUAAGGAAGGAUGACAAAGUAAGGAGGGCGUUCAAUACCAACUGGUAUAAAAAGUAUCAAUGGCUAACCGGGAGUCUUUCAUCAAGCCGCUUGUAUUGCUGGCCUUGUCUGCUCUUUGGAACGUUUGAGCCUUGGGCUAAAGGGGGGUUCAGUGACCUGAAGAACAUUGACCGUUCAGCUAAACGGCAUGACGAAAGCCGCGAGCAUCUCAACUCCUACGCGAAACUCAAGCUUUUGGGACAACCGAGUCAUCGUGCCAAUCAUUCACUCAAUGAAGGCCUGCGUAUUCAAGCUGCGCAACACAACGAGAAGGUCAGAAGAAACAGGGAUGUUCUCAAACGCCUCAUUGACAGCAUUGCAUACUUAGGCAUGCAAGAGUUGGCUUUUAGGGGGCACGAUGAGACAGAAAGUUCCGCUAACAAAGGCAACUACAGGGAAUUGGCAGAGGUAAUCGCACGGUAUGAUGCUUUACUCGCUCAGCAUAUGGAAUCUUCAACUGUGUUCACUGGAAUGUCAAGAACAAUUCAGAACGACUUGAUAACUGCUAUCGCAUCAUCAAUUAAAAGUGAGAUUAAAAGCGAGGUUGACGCUGCUCCAUUUUUCUCAUGGCAAAUGGAUGAAACCACAGACCACUCGCAAUUGUCUGUCAUUGUCAGGUAUGUGGAUGAUCGGGGGUGUGUACAGGAGCGUUUCUUGGGAUACUUUGACGUGUCAGCUGGGCGAGAUGCACAGUCUGUGUUUGAUCUAGUGAAUUCGGAGAUGUCAGAGUUUAACUUUGUGGAGAAACUAGUCGCUCAAACAUAUGAUGGCGCGGCUGUAAUGGCUUCUGAUUUAAAUGGUCUGCAAGCAAAAGUAAGAGCUGUAGCUCCGAGCGCCACCUUUGUGCAUUGCUAUGCACAUCCCCUCAACUCCAUAUUAAGCCAGAGCGUGAAGUCUAUGCCCAAGACCAAGAUUUUCUUUGCCACACUGGGUGGCUUCUCAACUUUUUUUUGUAAGUCCACCAAUCGAGAGAUGCUUCUAGAAAAGGCCGCUUGUGCAAGUUUGCCAAAAAACGCACCAACGUAUUGGAAUUUCACAUCCAGAGUCGUUAACACCGUGGCAAAGAACUUUGAGCAUCUGUUGGACACGUUCACAAGUAUCACAGAGCAUCCUAACAUGGAUGAUGAGACGAUAUUUGAUGCAAAUGGGUUCAAGACACAGCUGGAAGAUUUUCAUUUUAUUUUUUUGCUUCUCACUUUUGAAUAUAUAUUUGCUUACACAGAUGUGGUUUUUGACAGUGUGCAACAGAAUGCCAUGGAUGUAGAAUUUUGUAAGAGGAGGAUUGAGAACCUUCUACUCAAGAUAGAGGAGCACAAAUCUGAAGAAUCAUUUAGUGCUUUAUGUCAGAAGGCUUUGAACAUGACAGAUGAUCCAGAGUUGAUGCACAGAAGGAAGCGGAGGCAGGGCACUCAGGAUGUAAUGCAGACUUACAAAUCACUGUACGAUUCAAUCCAUGACAACAUCAAGACGCAAAUAGCACAGAGGUUCCAAAGCCUGGACAGCAGGAGAUACAUGGAGUUGUUAGAUGAUGAGAAAUUUGAGUCAUUCCGGAGAGAAUUCCCUACAAAUGCAAUGGAAAGCCUGUCCCAGAGCUAUGGGUGUUUUUUCAACAUGGAAAAACUGAAAAAUGAGCUGCAAGUGUUCUACUGUGGUGAGGAGCUUCAAGGGAACAGUCGAAAACUGUGUGACAGAAUCUUGCAUUUCAAGGGGUGUGGAUUGAAUGAAGUGAUGCCUGAGCUGUACCGGCUCAUGUGCCUAGUUGCAACUAUAGGGGCAACGUCAGCGGGCGUGGAGAGCAGAUUCUCUCGUCUGAAGAGGCUGAAAAGCUACACUAGGAACACCAUGGGACAAGAGCGACUCAGAAACCUGGCAAUCCUAUCCAUAGAAAGGAGAAUUCUUAAAUCACUGCAGAAGAAUCCUCACUGGUAUGAGAGGGUCAUUGACCAGUUUGCCAACCAGACUAUGAGAAGAAUGGACUUUAUAUUCAAGUGAUUGAGACUGGAUGGUGGAAACUCCCAGAACUACUGAGAGGGAGUAUAAGGUCCCAUGAUGUCUUAAAAGCAGCGUGUAGCUCCUGUUUGUAGGCAUGUGCACAUGUCCACAACCUCUCAUUCUUCCUCUGGAAACCUCAACCCUUCUCAUCCACUGCAGUCAGCGUUGACUAAAGCUAACCGUGUCAUCGAAAGUUGUCCGUUUGUUUGACAUCUGCUGCUGCUGCAAAUGAACAGUACAACUUAGACUAUUUUGGUGAAUGCCAGUUUUCCUUUCCCAGUUUAUAUGUCUUUUGGAGCCUGCACCCAAAGACUUGUUUGAACUGUUGAGUUGAGCAUGCCAAUUCUUGAUUUAGUGUUGUAUUUUGUAGUUAUUAUGGAUCUCUUCCUGGGGUCCAGCAAAAUUAAGGCAGUUAUAAAAAAAUUGUAGUUGAUUAACAAGGGAAAAGUGAUGCACAGAUGAUGGUUUUAUAUGCCCGAUUUACUGCCUGGUCAUGACAAAAGUGACAAUGAUUACAGUUGAUAAAGUAUGUGAAAGAA